AUGGCUAUGACUACUGUCAGAUUGCCCAGCAGUGUUUUAAGAAAGCCAGAUGCCUGGAUUGGACUCUGCAGAGUGCUACAAGGGACACCUUCACAUAAACGCUGCGCUUCCUGGAAUCGAUACUUACAUUUGUCUAGUACCAAGUUAAAUAUAUCAAAUUAUAAAACACUUUUCCAUAACAUUUUCUCACUGAGACUCCCAGGGCUUUUAACAUCUCCAGAAUAUAUUUUCCCAUUUUCCAUAAGACUCAAAAGCAAUAUAAUCUCUAAAAAAUCCACUAAAAAGACUCUGCAAAAAGUAGAAGAUGAAGGGGACUCUGAUGAAGAGAGUGACCAUAAUGAGAUGAGUGAGCAGGAAGAGGAGCCUGAGGACGGCCCCAGUGUGGGCAAAGACUACAGAGACCUGGACAGAGCAGUGCAGUCUUUCCGGUAUGAUGUUGUUCUGAAGACGGGCCUAGAUAUCGGAAGAAACAAAGUGGAAGAUGCAUUCUACAAAGGUGAACUCAGAGUGAACGCAGAAAAAUUAUGGAAGAAAAGCAGAACAGAGGCAGUGGGGGCCCCUGGUGGUGGCGCAUCUCUGAUGACCAUGGUCCACCUCCCCCCGCCCCCCCGGCUCCCGGGGGUGCCCGCCCCCAGGCACCAGCUGCGGCCCGUAGGUGCUGACGUCAUCCAGCCCUAG